AUGAUUGAUUAUGCUUUUGAUACCACAGCUGAUCUAAGCAAAGUUAGUAGUCAAAACACAUAUGAUAAAGUUGAAAUUAUAACUUGUGACUCUGAGGAAGAAGAGGCACAGGUGAUUUCAUUAAUCAUAAAAAAUGAAGGCUCUGAAAAUGUGUCAUUUUUUAUCAGUAAUCAACUGCUUGCAACACGCGUAGAAUGCUUGCUUGAACAAAAUAAUAUAGAAGAUUAUCCAUAUAUAACACUUUUGCUUUAUAGUAUUGAAGUAUUAACCUCAAACUGGAACAGUGUCGAACUACUUUCACUUCUUAAACACACACUAGUAACCUUUGGUUACACUAGAGAAGAAUAUAGUAAAAUACUCUCAGAGUUUGAAAUAGAAAUAUUGCGUAAUUUCAGCAUAAGCGAUCUUGAAGGGAUUAUAAAUAUUAUCAACAAACACAAAAAAGUAAAAUAUAAGAAAGAUAUAUUGAUAAUUAUCAACAAGUUAAAGGAAAUAUAUAAUCCUUUACUUGAUAUGAUGAAUUAUUCUAUUUUUGAAGUAGCUACAGCACAUUUACAAUGCGUUGAUAUGUUAUCUGAUUCGCAUUUUAAUAAUGAGUUUAUGACCCACUUCCUUACUGCUUGUAAGGAUAUAAAAAUAAAAUGCUCCUUAGAAUUAUAUAGAAAAAUACUCACUCUAUUUCUUAAAAAACACCUUUCCCCGAAGGCAAAUAACCUAAGCUUACAUAAAAAUAAAGUUGUAAUAAUUACAGACUUCAAUGAAGCACCUAAAAAUUCAUUUUUAAACUCACUCAUGGGAGAUGUACAAGAAGAGCAAGGAUAUUUUCUAUAUACCUUAUACAAUUUAUUCUGCGCACGUAAGAUCUAUGUUACAAGGUCACUAAAUCAUAGAAAAUCAAUUCUGUUACAACGCAUUGAGAUGCUGUUUCAGACAAAACAGCCUUAUAGAGACUGGCUAAAAAUGCUAAAUACGCCUGAGUAUGUGCUGCCCUGCAUGCAGCCUACACCAACACCAAACACUGAAGUGAGAAAGAAAAAAAUGCAAACAAUAUCUUGCAGUGCAGUAGAAAAAUUAAUCCGUAAUCCUUAUUCAUUUUACGUUGAACACAUACUUAAUCUCAAAAAAUUGCGAGACCUAAACUUUAAACCAUCAAUAUUAGAGUUUGGCAUCUUAG